AUGUCUGCUGUCGAAGAAGAAAAGAAAGUCGUCAUCCCAUCUGUCCAAACUUUUGGUAAGAAGAAGAACGCUACUGCUGUCGCACACGUUAAGCAAGGUAAGGGUUUAAUCAAGGUCAACGGUUGCCCAAUCACUUUAGUUGAACCAGAAAUCCUAAGACACAAGGUUUACGAACCAUUAUUAUUAGUUGGUUUAGACAAAUUUGCAGGUUUAGACAUCAGAAUCAAGGUCACUGGUGGUGGUCACGUUUCUCAAGUCUACGCUAUUAGACAAGCAAUUGCAAAGGGUUUAAUUGCUUACACUGCUAAGUACGUUGAUGAAGCUUCAAAGAACGAAUUAAAGAAGGUCUUUGCUGCUUACGACAGAACCUUGCUUAUUGCAGAUGCAAGAAGAAUGGAACCAAAGAAGUUCGGUGGUCGUGGUGCAAGAGCAAGAUUCCAAAAAUCCUACCGUUAA